AUGAAGGCCUUUUUGACAACUUCUACCCUCGGUAAAUCUUUCGCGUUCUCCAACAAGAAGCGCAAACAUGGCAGAGGUUGAUGAAACUCAGAAGAAGAAGAGGGCCUUCAGGAAGUUCACCUUCCGAGGUGUCGAUCUCGACCAACUCCUUGACAUGCCCAAUGAGCAGCUGAUGGAGUUGCUUCACGCCCGGGCUCGCAGGCGUUUUUCUCACGGUUUGAAGCGCAAGCCAAUGGCUCUUGUAAAAAAAUUGCGCAAAGCUAAGAAGGAAGCUCCACCAAAUGAGAAGCCAGAAAUAGUCAAGACUCAUCUGCGUAACAUGAUUAUUGUCCCAGAAAUGGUUGGAUCCAUCGUUGGUGUUUACAAUGGAAAAACGUUUAACCAAGUAGAAAUCAAGCCAGAGAUGAUAGGACAUUACCUUGGAGAGUUUUCCGUCACCUACAAACCUGUCAAACACGGUAGGCCUGGUAUUGGUGCUACCCAUUCCUCAAGGUUCAUACCCCUCAAGUAAACAGCCUGUAUCUAAUCAAUAAAAUGGCGUAAAACAUCA